AUGGCAUUCCAAACACCAUCAACCCCAAACGUCGAUCACUCCCCUCCCUUGGCUCUGGAAUAUCGUAUCGCAAUAAUAUGUGCAUUGCAGUCGGAGGCGGAACAAGUCCGUGCUGUGUUCGAUACCUUUUGGGCCGACCAUCCUUCAGGCGAUGGAAUCACAAAAGCUCAUAACGACCCGAACCAUUACACGACGGGGACGAUAGGUGUGCACAAUGUUGUCCUUGCUCAUAUGCCUAGUUACGGCAACAAGACUUCUGCUGCAGUGGCCUCCGGAAUUCGACAUUCCUUUCCCGACAUCACGCUUUGCCUUGUUGUUGGUAUCUGUGGAGGUGUGCCCACAGCAGGCGGAACAGAAAUCCUACUUGGCGAUGUUAUCAUCAGCGAUUGCAUUAUCGAGAAUGACCUAGCACGACAGUACCCAGAUCAGCGUCGACCUGUCAACACACUGGGCUAUCGCCACAACCAAGAAGUACAAGGAUUCUUGAAUAUGCUGCAAGUCAACUCUCUAGAACACUAUACGCAGACAUACCUCAACGAUCCUUCCAACAGUCGACGCAACAUCCCACCCACCGCAAAACCUACAUAUCUAGGUUUCGGUCAAGACAAGCUCUUCGAGUCAAAUCAUAGACACAAACAUCAUACCCAGGAUCAUUGUAGCAUAUGCGAUAGCUGUUCAAGUGAUGCUGAUGCUGUCUGUGAAAAGUCGGAGAACCUCGACUGUGAGACGCUUGGUUGCUACAGACGGAAACAUCGCAACUGUCCGGCAAAGCCUGAAAAUACCAAUCCACGCGUGCAUUUCGGCAAAUUCGCAUCAGGUGACGUCGUCAUGAAGUCUGGCAAGCAUCGUGACGAGUUGGCAAAUGGUUUGGGAGCCAUCGCGUUCGAGAUGGAAGGGGCAGGAGUGUGCAGAACAAUUCCUUGCGUUAUCAUCAAAGCAGUGUGCGACUAUGCGGACAGUCAUAAGAAUAAGGAGUGGCAAGGUUAUGCUGCAGCAACCGCAGCGGCCUGUAUGAAGGCAUUCUUGAAGGAUUGGAGGCCCAGUGUUGGUAUGAUGAGUCAAGUUUUGACCCUCCUUCAUUCGGACCCCCGAAUUAUCCUGAAAGACGCCGCAAGCACCGAGAUGAUGCAGAGUCUCUUUGUCGUAGACCCACCAGCCAUCAGAAAGGAGAUCGAAAUGGCUAAGGGUCCUCUGCUAUCUAGCACAGGAUCCUGGAUUUAUGACGACGGCAAAACUAAUGUACGUUCGCAAAAGCCUACGACCGCGCAUUCUGUUUUCAGCAAUUGGUGGACAGACAAUGUGUCUCAUAUACUUUGGAUUCGUGGCGAUCCGGGUAAAGGAAAAACAAUGCUCGCAAUCUCGUUGAUCGAUGAAUUGCAGCGGCGACUGGGAACCCAAGAGAAGUCAAAUACUCGUCAGCCCUCUCUAGCGUAUUUCUUUUGUGCCUACGAUGAUGAAGUGAAGAGAGAUGCAUCAUACAUUGUCCGAUCGUUACUUUGGCAACUUCUCUCACAACACCCCGACCUUACACUAUCUUUUCGCCGGACAUACGAUACACAAGCGAAAGAUUAUUUGUUCACGAAAUCACCAGCCGCUCUUUCCUCACUACUACAUGUUCUUGACCAGAUUGUCAAUGAAUCAGGAUCAACUUCAUAUUUUGUGGUUGAUGCUCUCGACGAAUGUUCUCCCGAAUCACGAGAUACGUUGCUGAAGUACUUGGAGGGACUCAAUACGCCAAAGAAAACGGGGAAGCGAGGUACAUCCAAGUGGGUACUCACUUCCAGAAACAAUAUAGAGAUAUCAAGUGAUAUGUCGUCUAUAAGCUUGGAAGCAAACGCGAAUUAUGUCGAAAAUACCAUCGCUGAGUAUGUGGAGUACAAAGUUCAGAAAUUGGCAUCAUCAAAGCAGUACCCGGACGACAUCAAAGACACUGUCCAAAAGACUCUUUCAGAGAAAGCAAAGGGGUCAUUUCUUUGGAUAGCAUUGAUCUAUGAGGAGCUUCGACAUGUCAAAAGUAUCAACAUACCGACAGUGUUAGAAGUCAUACCUGCAGGCCUCCCUCAGCUUUACAAUCGAAUGCUCGACCAGAUACUUGACAAUCAACAUACACCUGAAGAUGUGCCCCAUGCAAUGAACAUAUUGCGGACGAUCACAAUGGCGACUCGACCUCUGAGCUUGCAAGAACUCGCCGUAGCCGCGAACCUACCGAAGGCCUGUUGGGAUAACGACCAGAGCGUUAGAGAAUACAUCUCACUCUGUGGGUCAUUCGUCAACCUGAAUCACGUAUCAGACUAUGCAUCACUUAUCCAUCCGUCUGUUAGAGACUAUCUCCUUCCAAGCGUUGCCUGA